AUGGGGCAAAUGUCCUCCGUAGCCAGUGCGGCAUUAGCGUCACAGGCGUUUAUUAUGGAUGAUAAACGUGCUCACGCAGUAAACGCCUUUGUACCGAGCAUGAGUGCCUUCCCGAUACGUCUGGAAAUUCGAUUGGAAGCAAUGGCGUCAGAUGGAGGAUGGGCACGGGCCCCUGUUGUCCUCUGGGUAACCAACUCCUCUACAAUGUCCCGCGCACGCAUUACUGAGGUUCGAUACAAUUUCGACGACAUGACUCUCGAGGCCGAGCUCCACGCUGAUUCUCGAUCGCACCCCGUUCUGCUGGCCGCCAUAUCGAAAUUCGGUCACAUCAACACCGAAAGGAACACCGCCAAAGUUCGCAUCUGCAUUCGUUUGACUAGCGCGGAGACGGGAACGGACCCCGUGUUUGAGUUGCUGGCGAGCGAAAACUUGUUUCCGCACAGGGACACCCCACUUUCGAGCCCAACUCGCACCAUCUUGGACUCUCUAUACGCCGGUCGACCACGGGAUAUGCGCAACAUCCGUCCACCACCGCCGUCGAACAUCUCCGCAUCCCUCGACUCUCACCGAGUCCAACUUCGGGACGACCAAGCACGAGCGGUGACAAUUGGCGAAUCACGACACCCACUAUUGGCGAUUCAGGCAGCUUUCGGGACUGGGAAGACAGUCGUGGGCGCGCUGCUCGCAGCCCGCCUAGCCGCUCCGGGACAGUUGGUGAUUGCGACAGCAACUACGAAUGUGGCAGUAGCCCAGUUUACUGAUACCCUCCUCAAGUUGGACGACAUCCGGCACCUCUCCAUCCUACGAUUCGUAGCCGACACGUCAUUGCAGGAGGGCGCACCGUAACGCCUGUCGACUUGCAUACGGUUCUUCAUGGGCUAGAAGCCAGGUAUUCCGAUUCCUUGACACCUCAGAAACACCGCCGCCUUCGACGCUACACUCGGGCACGUCGACUCAUCGAAACGAUGCUUUUCCACCCGAGACAGACGGUCAACUUAUCGGAAGAGGACAGGGAGAAAUACAGAAUCGCGGAGAUUAUGUAUUCCGAGACCACAGAACGUGCGAUAGCUAUACUACUCCGACUCCAGUUUCCAUCGUUCCUCUGUAUAACAACGUCGUCGCUGCUCAACUCAACACGCCGUAAGGACUCUUUUACGAGGCGUUCUGGCACUGUCGUACCAUCAUCGCCGACGAAGCAUCCCAAAUACCCGAGCCAGUAUUCCUCGCCAUCGUCACCCGCUUCAGAUCAGCGCACCAUAUUUGUAUCGGUGA